ACUGAGUAACCAUGAAUGCUGGGGUCUGUCCUGCAGGAGCGCCGGAAGCAGCAGCAGUGGGAGGUGAUGCACAAGCACAAGGAGACUUCGCAGAAGAUCGCUGCCCGCGCCUUCUCGCAGCGCUACCUGGCCGACCUGCUCCCCUCCGUGUUCGACAGCCUCAAGGAGGGGGGCUACUUUUUUGAUCCGGUUGAGAGAGAUAUUGAGCUCGGAUUCCUUCCAUGGCUAAUGAACGAAGUUGACAAAACCAUGGAGCACAGCAUGGUGGGAAGGACAGUGCUUGACAUGUUGAUUCGUGAAGUGGUUGAGAGGAGGCUGAACACGUAUGAGCAAAAGGAGGACAAGCAUCGGUUUCUGAAGCCCGAGGACGGGCCUGGUGGUCCUGGACCCACGAGAGACCCCACGACGGGUGAUGAAUUCCAGGAGCAGAGGUUGCUCGCAAGCACCGACGCCCCAUAUGAGAAGCUAAUAGAGGAAGAAGAGGAGGAAGAAGAUCCGUUAGGACUGAGGAGAUCCUUGGGGAGGGAAGAACAGUUUCAAGGCAGAGAAUCCUGGGAGGGGUGAAACCAGCCUACAGCCAACCAGCAUUGCAAGCAAUCAGAAGAAGCACUGAAUGCCUUAUCUUGCCCUAAAGCCAUCUGCCAGCUCUGUUAGUAGGGGGUGUGCAGGAGGCAGCCGAUUGAUGAUUCUCUCUCAUCAUUGAUGUUUCUAUCUCUCCCUCUCAUUUAAAAAAAAAAUCAACAUCUUCAGAGCUUUGGAAAUUAACCAAAGAUUUGCAACAAUGAAGAGCACUUAUUCAAGAAAAUGGCUAAAAAUCAGUAAGAACAGUAAGUUCUGUGGCAUUUUAACUUGCCCUCAUUCUUCCCAGCUCUAUGUUAGCUUUGAAAACCAACAGACUCAGAACUAUCGUCACUGAGGAAACCAGCAGCCUGGCUUGGGUUUCCCCAAAAAGCCACAUUCCUAGAAAUUUGUCACUAUUUGACCUGUCUGGCAGCUCCCCGGAAAAGUGCAUUUACAGGGCUUAUCUUUAUUUGACCUGACUCAGCGCUUGCUCAGUGAGGAAAGUUUUAACACUAGAGCAUUUAUAAAAUUAAUAAAAUAAAAAAAAUAAAAAAAACAGCCAGCAGCACUUGUUUAAUAGCACAGCUGCCUGAGGCAGAAAUACCAGUUGGAACAAACAAGAGGCUGGCCACAAACCUUGAAAGAGAGAUCUGGGAAUUAGAUGCUCAUCGGGCGCUUUGAAGAGCUUCACCAGUUCCUGGGGAUCUGUAUGCAGGUUGCUUUGUAGGGCUGUGCGCAUGCCCAGAAAGCCCAGAGAAGACUCACCUCUGGCCUACCUUGAGGUUCUGCGUCAGCAAGAAUUGAAAGCUAAGUCAGAGUUGUAAGCUGCUGAAAUCCUGAAGGCAUGUCCCAGCACAUCUAGAGCCCAUCAGCGAAGGGUGAGAGGCUUACUGGUUCGGGGCGCUUAAGGAAAUCUGGUGACUAAGCUGACUGAGCAGAGACGUAUCUGGCAGCACACAACAAGGAAUACAGAACUUACAGAAUUUGGUCAGGAAAGCCAUUGCACAGAAGAACAGCAACAACCACCCAGACUGGAGGGGUGGAGCAAGAACCUUAUGUCAGAGUUACUACAUUUUAACUCAUUAAAGUAUUAAAAUUUAAACCAAAAAACUGAAACGUGUGAAAAUAAGAAAGAACGGUCCAUGCAAAAGGAAAAAAGCAGCCAAUAGAAACUGUCCCUGAGGAAACCUAGAUUUUGACCUUAUUAGAUAAAGACAUUAAUCAGCUAUUAUAAAUAUGUCCAAAGAACUAAAAAAAAAAAAAUGGCUGAAGAAUUAAAGUAUGAGAAUGAUGUCUCACCAAAUAGUGAAUAUCAAGAGAUAGAAAUCA